AUGUAUUCAGAUUCUGAUGGGUCAUCAUCCAAAGAUGAAGAAUCAUCAUCAUCCAGCGAUGAAGAGUCGUCUACCUACCAAAGAUUAUUGAAAGCACGACGUGAGGAUGAUAUGUUAUCAUCAGCUAGAGUAAUAAAGAGACUGACUGACACAUUCACAAGUUAUAUGCCAGCUAUUGUAGCAAUGUCGAUGUUCAAGAGACCUCAUGGGGGAUCUGUUCCAGGAAGACGACAAAUUCCUCGUGACACAAUGCCUCGUCAUGAGGUAAUUGUUAGAGACUAUUUUAGUGGGGGAAACUCAAAAUACCCAUCGGAGCAUUUUUGUCGUCGCUUUAGGAUGCAUACUCAUCUCUUUAACCGCAUCUUAUGUGGCAUUGCAAGGUAUGAUGAUUUCUUUACACCUAAACCAGAUGCAACUAAUAAGUUUGUUAGCCCUUUACAAAAGAUGGGAGCAGCAGUAAGAAUGCUUGCAUAUGGUUGUUGUGCUGAUUUUCUUGACGAAUAUUUUCAAAUGGGUGAAAGUACCAUCAUAUUAAGCCUAAAAAAAUUCUGUGAGGCUGUUAUCAGUGUUUUUGAAGAACAACAUUUGAGGAAAACUAAUGAAGAUGAUAUUUCACGGUUACUCGAAGAAGGGGAAGAGCGGGGAUUUCCGGAUGGAAUUUAUCCUCCUUAUGCUACACUAAUGCAAACUAUUUAUGAUGGAACCACUCGUAAGGAAAGAUUCUUUGCUAAACGUCAAGAAGCCGUGCGAAAAGAUGUCGAAAGAGCGUUUGGAGUGUUGCAAUCAAGGUGGCACAUUAUCGAAGGACCAGCGCGUAUGUGGCGAGUUAAAGACCUUGGAAACAUCAUGAAGACUUGCAUAAUUUUACACAAUAUGAUCAUUGAGAAUGAGCAGGAACAAGGAAUUGACCCAGAACGUUAUGAGCCGUACCAAAAGGUUGACAAUGUUACGGUGGAGCAUGACUCUUCACUACUUGUCGCCAAAAUGAUUAGUCGUUUAAGACAAAUUCGAGAUAAGGAGGUUCACAAUCAACUAAAACUUGAUCUCAUUGAUCAUAUGUGGGACUUUUGUGGGGGCGAAGAAGUUUAG